CCUUCUACAUUUUUUUUCUUCUUUGUGCCCCUUUGCUUGGUUUUGGUACCUCUAAAUUUUAUAUCACCACCCGCGACUGAGUGCCCAAGAUGGGUGUUCCCGGUAGCAAUUUACAAGACCUUGAGCGUCAACGCCUCGAGCUCGAGGGCAACAUCUUGAAACUACAGGAAUCUCUUUAUCAUUGGAGAACCUGGGAGGCCGAGUACGAUGCCUUGAAGGACGAAAUAAGCGAGCUUGAUGACGAUGCCACAAUGGAUGACUUCCUUCGAAUAGGCCGCGACUUUGGUGGAUCGCUAGUCACCGAAGAUGAAGUCAAGGUGAUACUCGGAGAGAAACAAGGUGUGGCCAGGACCAAACAACAGGUCAUCGAUCUUGUGUCGAGGCGAGUCGACUACGUGAAACAGAACGUUACGACUAUGGAAAAGCGACUACGUUCGGUAGAGAACCAACUACACGCAUUUGACUCUGCUGAGCAAUUACCAACCGAACCCACCUCGGACUUUCCCAUGACGGAGAUUGUUGAGGAACUCGAUGAGGAUGGCAAUGUGAUCUCGAGCUCAACUGCGACGCCCGGAGAUCAGGCGCCAGAGCUCUUGGAGCUUCUCAAGAAGGCAGGCGUGAAUGAUGUCCCCGACGCCCCGAACGCAAAUGCGCAGCCCGGAUACAAAGCGAAGGAUGGGUCCAGCUCAGCAGACAAAGAACAUGGAGAUAUCUCGGAGAAGCCCAGCUUACGAGAGACCAACGGAAGCUCCGUGGCUUAUUCUGAAGAGAAGCCGGCGGCGUCCGACUUGGCGACUGAAAAGCAGGAGGAGCUGCCUGUUACGGAUAUCGAUGAAUCUCCGGAGGAUGCCAAGUUACGCCGUGAGAUGCUGCAGUACCAACUCAAUGAAGUUGGAGCUGUUGUGGCUGAGCUUGAACUGGACGAAGAUGCAAGUGACAUAUCCAUAGAUGAUGACUACGAUGCUUUCGCGUAUGACGAUGAAGAUGAGGAGGAAGAUGAGUACGGACGGAGUACCCGGACUGUUCUGAGCGAGGAUUAUCAUCAACAGAUGCGUGAGCUAGAAGCCAAGUUAAAUGCUCGAGGAAUGUGGAAUAUGGGCAAAGACACAGGCUCGCUGCCCGUGGAAGUCCAGAAAGAACUUGAGCAGCCCAGUAUGGUCCGGAUUGAGAAGAGCACCGAGACCGUGAAUGAACCAGCUCCAGAGAAGAAGCCAAAAAAGAAAGUCGCUUUCGCCGAUGAUCUUGAUAUUGCUCCAGCCCCUAAGCCCCCAAUUGUGGAGAAGAAGGCUGUCGCGCCUCGGCAAUCGGAUGUGCCUGUCCUUUCUGAUGCGGUUGUCGAGCGUACACAAUCAACUGUGAAGGACCCCAUCACGAAUGAUGUUCCAAAGAAAACGUCUCGCUUCAAGAGUGCUCGAAGCACUACCGGCAGCGAGAACAGUAUUCGACCUACCGAGGCACGCUCUUCACUCCGCAAACCGAUCACGUCACCAUCCCCUACAUUGCCUUUGUUCCCUGCUAAGCCAUCUGAACCUAAACCCUUCUCUCAGCCGAUCUCAGAUAUCACAGAAGCGCCCCGAGGCCCGGAGGGGAAGAUCUUAGCCGACACACUCGUUGAGCACGAGGUCUCUCAAGGCGCCGCCAUGCCGCCUGAGCUAGAUGAAAUCGAUGAGCAGAUACACAGGAAGGAGAUUGCAAGCGAGUUUUAUCGGAUACGAAACAGGAUGAUCCAGCAAAACGGCGGCUUCGUUGGGGGGGAGGAGCCGGAAACGGUGCCUAUCGAAACCGAAGACCCUCCGAAGCGGGUGAGCAGAUUCCGAGCUGCUCGGAUGACUUAGUUAUGAAGACAAUAGAACAGAUACCCUUAUUCACUUGUAUUUAAGCGCUCCCCAUCUACGUUUCAAGACCCGUAGCAACGGAAUUAUACUUGCCAUCGGCCCUUUUCGAAGGGUACUUGGCCAGAUGGGCAUACCUUUUCAAUGGUAUACCCAUUAAAUAAGUUCCAAUAUAAAAUUGGGGGCUCUCUGACUCCUCUUCUUUCGAUGUCAUUACUGGAGGUAUUGGGCUCAAUCGAGUACUUACAGACAGUGGUGGUGUGGAACAAAUGAAGUGUGGUUUUCGUUUCACCCUCAACAUAACAGUAAAAUCCAUCAUUAACAUAAAAAAAAUAGUUAGUUGCUUUGGGGAUCAUUCAAGUGUGAUACACUAAAGAACCGCACGGCAAAUGAACAGUGGUCUCUAG